GGGUUCAGACAGGGCCAGCGAGCGUGGUGGUUGUGGCGGCGGCUGGCUGGCACUCUUCGCACGCCCGGCUGUGGAUUGGCUGUGUGAGGUGCCUGUGAAGCUUACUUGUGGCAGUGGAAUUGACGGCGAUGAAGAUUUCCUGUUAAAAAAAAACGCGACAGCGUGUUUGUGAAUUGUUUCUUGCGAUAGGUCGCUUAGUUGUCUAAUCAAGUGGAAGCUGAUACAUCAUCAGCUCAAGAAGAGUAGGUACAUCUUAGUUGAAAAGGACCGGGUAACUACCAACCAUGAGACGUGCCCAGUGGCGAGCUGUGCGUCUGCUAACAGUCGGCCUGACGGUCGGACUGCUGUUCAUUGUUGCAGCACAACUCAAAGUCGGCCGAGAACAGAGCGUCGAUGACAGCGCGCUGGCUGAAUCUAUCAGAGCCCUGUCUGAGAAGGAAGUUCUCAUCCAGCUGGAACACGUGCUGUCACCCUCCAGGGAGCUGGCCCAGUGCCGCUCCAUCAUCUACCCUGGUGGCAAGUGUCAGUGCGUGGACGCCUCGCCCAAUGACGAGGAAUCCUGCACGAUGCUACCGAUCCUGGACGGAAAGAAGACGGUCUGCCUGGACGACGGUCUUCUGCCCCCGGGAGGACCGUGCCUCGUCUACUCGUUCGGUAUUCGCGACGACCUCUCGUUUGAGACCGAGAUGGUGAGGUUCGGGUGUACGGUACACGCGUUUGACCCGACUGUGAGGCUCAACACGAGCGCUCUGCCUGAUGGACUAAAUGUCCACUACCUGGGCGUGGACGGACGCUCCUGGACGCACCACUCCGGCGGCAUGGCCAUGCAGCUGAUGACGCUGACUGACCUGGUGCGCCACCUGGGCCACGAGGGUCGUCAGAUCGACUACAUCAAGCUGGACGCCGAGGGAAGCGAGUGGAGCAUCCUGAACGAACAGCUAACCUCGCUGCACGGCGUGCUACCCCGGGUGCCGCAGCUGCAUGUCGAGUUUCACCUGCUGUUCCCGCACGGAACGCUUAGCGCCGACCCCGGGAAAAAGUUCUCUCUGCAGCCGGACGACGCCGUCAGAUUUCUGCACACCAUCCGAAGGCUGGAAGCUGCAGGGUUUAGAAUGUUUGAAAGUCGUCCGGACUUCGGGAAGCUAACUGGCACAGCUAUUUCGCUUAUCUACGAAACUACGUGGAUCAGGAAGUGAGGCAGUUUAGGAUUGGCAGCGCCAUCUAGGACAUCGGGUGAAGUCUCGCCCGCGCCCUCUAGUGCGGAUGUUCGUAGGGUCCGAAGAGAAUGAUGGUGAACGGUGGACAGUGAGCAAAACCGCUAUGAUGGCUAUCGGUGACUUACUUUCACAAAAAAUGAGAGAAUGUUAAAUAACGAAGUAAUUUUUCUGGUUUAAAACACGGCGUGGACUGUCUAAUGGGUGAUUUAACCCGCGCACCGACGGGGGGGGGGGGCGGAUAUCCGCCCCCCCCCCUGAGGGUUUUCGCGAAUAGCGGGAAAACCGCGGCGCGUAGCGCCGCGAAAUUUGGUAUGACUAUAAACUCAUCAAUUUUACACAUGGUGUGCAAGUUUGAACCUCCUACCUUUUAAGGUCAGGUCACCAGGUCACUUUGAAUGACCCAACCUCAAGUCACUUUUUUGCAACUUUGUCACCGUGCCAGAGCUACAGUAGAUGUCGGAGGCCUUUGAAAGUCGGAGGAUAUUAGUAGGUCAUUAGUAGCUACAAUUUGUAUAUCUCGGAAUUUUGAUAUCGGUGACCUAAGGUCAGGUCAAUUUCGCGACAUCCCCAUUAUACCUAAGUCAAUGGGGGAAAAAUCAACUCCCUGUUUUUACCACUAAAACGGGUCGGAAUGGCCCCAUAUACCAUACAUGACUUCAUAUACGACCAACCUUCACUACCUUGAGGUCUGUUUUGCUGUUGGGCAGCUGUGAGGUCAUGUGACGUCAUCAAAGGUCACCAAAGGUUUUUGGCCAAUAACUCCGUACAGGAACAAGAUACAGACGCGUGGAUGGUCUUAUUGUGUUCAGCUCGUCAAGACGCAUCGAAUGAUAUACAUGAUGACCUCGAGGUCACGUGACCUGAGGUCAACCUUUGACCUUGACCUUUCGAGGUCAACAUAUAUAUCAUUCGAUGCGGAUUGACGAGAGGAUCACGAUGAUGCCCUUAGUUUGUUCCUAUCUUGACUAAUUCGAAAGUUAUUCGAGAAAAACUCUCUCCAUAUCUAGCGCCGCCAUUUUGACUUUUUCGACCCCUGUGACGUCAUCUUUGACCUGACCUGAAAAUGACCUUAGUAAAAAUUGUAGAUCUUGGCUGUGCGUAUCCGAUGCCGUUUACCGCUUGUCGCUAGCUUGCUUCGUUCUCGAGAUCUCAGGGGGGGGGGGCGGUCAUCCGCCCUCCCCCCCCCGUCGGUGCGAAGUUGGCGCAGACCCCCGUCGGUGCGCGGGUUAAGUUUUGUACCUAUGGCUUACCCGACUCCCAUGGAAUCGAAGUCAUUUAUCGGCUCUAAACGGGUACCUAAUGAAUGCGUUGGACAGGGCAUUUUAACCUACAUGCAUGCUGUGAAUAUAUGCUCAGGACUUGCUGUUGUGGGAUGGCAUUCAGUCUCUCAUUAAAUCCAAUACUCAUCAUGCAAGGUAUGCACGUAAAUUGCAUA